GGAAGUGCGUGGAAGGGAGUGGUGGGUUCGCUCUCCGCCUCUGCCCCGCACCGUCGGAGCUCUUCUGCGCCUAACGAACUUGCUGGUGGUUGAGACGUGGCUGCGUCCGCUCACCCAGCAAGACAAGAUCGAGCCGGACCGCGAAGCAGCGGCUUUUCCGCCUCCUCUCUUCCCACCUGGGACCUUGGCCGAGCCGCCCGUUUGUUGUUGGAGGACAGAGAUCCCCGAUGCCAGCCUUGUGAGGUGACUGGCCCUCUCCGGAGGGCCUUGUCAUGGCCUCCCCAGGUCUUGGGAAUUCCGCCUCUCCAGGUCAUCAACCCUCAUUCCCUUCCUAUCCUAGUGUCAUAGGGUUUAGAGUUGGAAGGGACCCUGUAGAGAUCGUCUAGCCCAAUCCCUCCUCAUUUUACAAAUUAGUAAACUGAGGCUUAGAGAAGGGAAGGGAUUUGCCUGAGGCUAUACCAGUAGUAGGGGGCAGAGCUGGGAUUCGAACCCAGGCCUUCUUUGUCUUUGUAGCUGCUUGCAGUCGAAUGUUUGCCUCAUGUUACCCAACUCUCAAACCAAACCUGUUUCUUUAAAUUAAUUUCAAAACCACUACUACCUCUCCCUCAAAUUAUCUUGGGGUACUGACAAAUUAAAGUACAUUACAGAAAGAGACAUACCAGUAUUUAUCUUUUUAAAAGAAAAAAAAAUCCACUCAGGUAAGCCUUAGAUGAGGGUUAGGCAGUAGUUGACUCCUGACCUGCAAAUUCCUAACUUUGAAGAGGGGACAGUGUAACAAACAAAAUGACUGUACAACCAUAACAUCACUCAGCCCAAAGGAAGAAUAUGAACCAAGGAGGUGGUCUUUUAAGAUUCAGUGGACACCUACAUGUCACUCAGGCUGCUCAUCUGUUUUCCCUUCUUACAACAUAACUGGCCUACCUCAUCUGGUUGUACCUUUCUAGGUUCUAAUGAUGAAUAAAAUAGAGAAGACACAGUUCAUCACAGAAAGAAAGAAAUAGGCCCAAGCUCUAGAUGUUCAAAGAGACUGACAAUAAAAAUGGAAAACACUGAGAAUGAAAAAGAAAAAUCAGAUGAUGAUGGAAAAUCUGACCCAGAGAAGACACUGGACUUUUCUGAAUACUUUAACCAAUUGGAAUUGUUGGAAACUCAUAGACACCUAAUUCCCCUUGGAACUCAGAGCCUCUGGGUUGAUGAUACUGAUGAAGAAGAAGAGCAGGAUGAAGAAACCGAGGAGUGGUAUCAAAUGCAAGAACAAAAACUAGAAAAGGAGCCAAACAAAUUGCUUCUUUGGGCUGCCGAAAAAAAUCGGCUUGCCACAGUACGAAGGCUGCUUUCUGAAAAGGCCACUCAAGUAAAUACCAGAGAUGAAGAUGAGUACACACCUCUCCAUCGAGCUUCGUAUAGUGGGCACUUAGAUGUUGUCCGAGAGCUGAUUGCCCAAGGGGCAGACGUUCAUGCAGUGACAGUAGAUGGCUGGACUCCCCUACAUAGUGCCUGUAAAUGGAACAAUACCAAGGUGGCAUCUUUCUUACUUCAGCAUGAUGCAGAUAUCAAUGCUCAAACAAAUGGCCUGUUGACCCCCUUGCAUCUUGCUGCAGGAAAUAGAGAUGGCAAAGACACCCUAGAACUCCUUCUGAUGAAUCGUUACAUCAAACCAGGCCUAAAAAAUAACUUGGAAGAAACAGCAUUUGAUAUUGCCAGAAGGACCAGUAUCUACCACUACCUCUUUGAAAUCGUAGAAGGUUGCACAAAUUCUAAACUGGAGUCUUAAACAUUCUGAUAACUUUAAUCAGUUUCUGAGUAGCUACAACUCCUUUGGAUGAAAUAUAAAAACAUUCCAGAAUAUGAAAUUUAAUUCUAAGAAGAUAUUUUGAAAACAUUCAAUAGUAUUUAUUCCAGGUGAUAGACAGAUUCACUGUCAAAGUGUAUAUGAAAGGGCUGAGGGGUUUUCUACUAUUUAUGUCUAUGUGGUAAUUUUGUGAUAUGGUCAAACAUAACUAGCUUACCUGUACUUUCUGUACUUCAAGUGUCAUAUUAAAAUGUGUCAUUUUGGGUGUUAAACCAAAUAAAAUGCUUUUUAAAACAUCCCA